CUCUCGCUUUACUUACGUACUCUCUGACCCCUUUAAACGUGCAGUCAGUCUUUCUCACUGAUAGUCAGUGUCGUUACCGGUAUUUGUUUAGGCUUUGUUGUUUUUUGCCAUCAGGCUUUCAGUAGGCAUAUUAACCACACAGUUAUUUGGAGAGACGUGGUCCUAAUUUGAUGUUGUAUAUUUGUACAACAGUGCCGGUUUGUUUAUCAGGCUUGUCAGCUGGCUAGCUAAUGUUAGCUAAAAUUGGUUAACGUUAGCCGACGCUAGCUAACGACUUCCCUAUUUUGCUUGUAUGAUGCAAAGUAUAUGCAUGUUGUACGCUGGUAACAGCUCACGGGCGUAGCUGACACGUGUGCCAUUUUUCCCUCUAACGGGUUAUGUUUUAUGAAGGCUUUUUCUUUGUACAUAUACCCAACCUUUCCUAGACAAAUCCUGAGCUACGCUGCCCGUCAGCUAACGUUAGCUAGCUAGCUAACUUCAGCAUUCCUGGCUGAGUUUUGUACGAUCGAACCAGUCAGCCGACACCAUCUGCUGCCAAAAUGAUGGAUUUUGAGAAUAUAUUGUCCAUUGCAUCCCAAAACCAGGGUCUCAGCUCUGUCCAGCAAAAGAGAUACAGCUUACAAACUGGACCACCUAAAAAGGACCCAAAGGUGAAAGGUGUGAAUUCUUCUGCUGUGCAGGCGUUUUUAAAGAAGAAAGAGCUGGAGAGCAAAAAGAAAGAAAUGCAGUUUAAGAAACAGAAGGAUGAACUUCUAGCCAAGAGGGUUGAGCUGAAAUCGGACCGUAAGGCGCGUGCAAUGGCCUCCAGAACUAAGGACAAUUUCAAAGGCUACAAUGGAAUCCCAGUGGUUCCUGAGGAACAUAAAAAGAGGAGAUCAAAAGGGGAGACAGUAGAUGAAAAAUCUACAUUUGAGUCAUAUAAUCCAGAGGAUGAUGAGGACAAUUAUGAGUAUGAACAGACAGAUUCAGAGCCGGAGCCAGAGCCAGAGCCACUGAGACCAGGUAAAAGUAUUAGUGGGAGUAGUAGUGGUAAGCCUUCCUCCAAAAAAUCUGGCGGGCCACCCAAGGCUUCUCCGUCACCCUUGAACUUUGCAGACUUACUCAAGUUGGCAGAGAAGAAGCAGCAUGAGCCAGUUGAGCUUAAACGCAAGCCGGUGAAGAGCGAAGAAAGGCUCAGAACAGCUGAGGAGAUAAGGGAAUUGGAGUUGGAGCGCAAUGCAAAGAGGCAUGAUAAAGGAAAGGAGUCAAGGUCGGUUAAAGAAAGAGACAGCAAGUCCCAAUCUUGCUCUGGCUCAUUAAGAAAAAGUACUGUAGAGAAAGAGCAGAAGAAUGGGAAGCCACAAAAGAACUCAUCAGAAAAGGCCAGUCUGCUCUGUGGAUCAGGGAUGAAGUCAAAGCCAACACUGUCAAGUGAUAAAAGCCACAGUUCUUCUAAGCCUUCUGGUAGUGACAGAGAAAGAGAGAAACCGAAGACCUCUCAUAAUGAUAGAGACAGAUCAAAGACGAGCUUGUCGAGUUCCUCAGGUGCCUUAAGCAGUAAAGUCCCUUCCAAAGGAGCAUCCUCUCAGGUUCCAGCCAAACAAGUGGCUACCAAGCCCUCAUCUGUCCACAGACCCAGCACCACAAGUGACCUUAGCUCCAAGAAGGGAAAUGCAUCGUUACUUCAAGGAAGAUCCGGAGGUAUCUCUGGGAUGAGGCCUCCAGGCUCGUCGGCACCAGGCCAAAAAUCUCAUCAGGGCAGCUCUGGGCAGCCCAGACCCAUUCAGGGCAGCUCAGUGAAGGGAGGACCUACAGGUGGAAGCCAAAGGCCUGGAAAGGGAGAGCCACUAAGGCCUGGGAGUAAUUCCAUAGUAAAAUCAAGUGGUAACGGACCAAUGAGGCCUUCAUCAGGUGGCCCACCAAAACCAGGGAGCCAACCUCAGGCAAGACAUGGGGGCACCCACCAAGCAAAGGCUGGUGGUGCCCCUCAAGCCAGGCCUGGUGGGAGCAGUCUGCCAGGUCACUCUGGAGGCGGAGGGGUCCGGCCCCCAGGAAGUGGACUUGGCCGACCCAGUAACGGAGGACCGGUGCCUGGACGACCAGCCGGUAGUGCCUGCUCAGGACCCGGGAGACCCAAGUGCACUGUGGUGUCUGAGACCAUCUCAUCCAAGAACUUUGGCGGGCCCCGGCCAGGAGUCCCUCCCAGACCAGGCAUGCCACCACAGAGACCUGGGAUGGCUCCUAGACCAGGAAUGCCACCCAGACCUAUGAACAGACCACCAGGUACAAUGCUACCACCAAUCACCUCUGCAUACAAGAGGAAAUACGAGGAUGAGGAGGAUGACUAUGACUCAGAGAUGGAUGAUUUCAUCGAUGAUGGAGGCGACGAGCAAGACGAAAUUUCUAAACACAUUCGAGAAAUCUUCGGUUACGAUCGGAACAGAUACAAGGAUGAGAGUGACUAUGCAUUAAAAUAUAUGGAGAGCAGCUGGAAAGACAUGCAAAAGGAAGAAGCCAGGAGCCUGAGAAUGGCCGUGCAAGAAGAUCUGGAGGAGGAGAAACGAGAGGCAGAGGAGCUAAAACAGAAGAUAGUCAAGAAGAGAAAACUGAAAUAAACUUGAUUCAGCUCAUGAAAUGAAGAACCCCUGCUUGUCCUUAAUUUCAAAGAAGUGGGGGUGCCAUUUCACUGCAUGCAGGCCACUCACUGUGUACACCAUGGUGCGUCUCUUGUUUGUUCUGCUUCUCUCCUUGUAUUCCUGGAUAACUAAGGAAGAUGAGUGACGCAUGACAUCGGAGGAAGAGGAAAAGAAAAAUACCAGAGAAAGCAAAAUUCAAAAAGACAUGAUAAAACAAACACAGCAUUUUACAGAAAAAAAAAAAAUCAUGUAGAAUACACUCAACAGUUGUCAAUCAAUUUUGCCAUGUUACGCUAUUUAUUUAUCUCCCAUUGAGAGUAAGGUUUGCACUACCAUGUGUCCACUUUUUUCUAAAAA